CCACACGAGUGAAGCCAGCCAGUGCAGGUCGCUCGUUCGCGCACAGCAGUCUGCCUCCUUUCUCCCUCCUCGCUUGCUUUCUUGUGUGUGUGUGUUGCGUGAGUGUGUGACGAGAGAGCCAGCACCAGUCAUGCAUCGCAAGAGCACUGCGCCAGAUGUACACCUGUACAACUUGACGCUGCAGAAGACGGCCCGCAUCAACCAAGCCGUGCACGGCAACUUUGCUGGCACAAAGCAACAGUUGAUUGUCGUCGGACGUGGCAAGAUCCUUGAGCUGCUCAAGCCAGACAGCACCACUGGAAACCUGACGUCUCUUUGCGUGACGGAGAUUUAUGGCGUUGUUCGGUCACUGCAGCCGUUCCGCCUGACUGGCGGCAACAAAGACUACCUCGUCGUCGGCACAGACUCUGGCCGCAUCACUGUGCUAGAGUAUGACACAGACACCAACCUCUUCAAGAAGGUGCAUCAGGAGACGUUUGGCAAAUCUGGCUGCCGCCGCAUUGUUCCCGGCCAGUACCUCGCUGCCGACCCCAAGGGCCGCGCCGUCAUGAUCGGUGCCUUUGAGAAGCAGAAGCUCGUGUACAUUUUCAACCGUGACGCCGCCGCCCACCUCACCAUCUCCUCCCCGCUCGAGGCUCACAAGUCGCACACGAUUGUGUAUGACACUGUUGGGGUUGACGUUGGCUUUGACAACCCGAUCUUCGCGUGCCUUGAGGUUGAUUAUGAGGAGGUGGACGAGGAUCCCACCGGCGAGGCGCGGCAGUUCCUCACCCAAAGCCUCACGUUUUAUGAGCUCGACCUUGGGCUGAACCACGUUGUGCGCAAGGAGUCGAUUCCUCUGGAUGAGUUUGCAAACAAGCUCGUCUCUGUCCCCGGCGGCAGCGACGGCCCAGGCGGAGUGCUGGUGUGCUCGCCCGGGCGCAUCACGUGGCGGACGUACGGCGAGCACGAGCCCGUGGCCAUCAAUCUCCCGCGCCGGGACGACCCACUGCGCACCGACCGCGCCCCGCUCGUCACCGCCGUCACCAUGCACAAGACCAAGCGCAUGUUCUUCUUCCUCGUCCAGACUGAGGAAGGGGACCUGUUCAAGCUGACGAUGGUUGCGGAGAAGGGUGAGGUGAGCGGCCUCAUCAUCAAGUACUUUGACACCGUGCCCGUUGCCAACGCCAUGUGUCUCCUCAGGAACGGUCUUCUCUUCGUCGCCGCGGAAUACGGAAACCACCACUUGUAUCAGAUUGCGAGUCUCGGCGACAAUGAGGACGAACCCUCGUACCUCAGCAUCGACCCCCUCGACAAGAUCCACUACUUCCGCCCGCGCGACCUGCUCAACCUUGCGCUCGUUGAUGACCAAGAGAGCCUCCAUCCCAUGAUCGCAUGCCAGCUGGCCGAUCUGCACGAAGAAGAGACACCGCAGCUGUACGCCCUCUGCGGACGCGGGGCCAAGUCGUCGUUCCGCGUGCUGCGCCACGGCCUGGAGGUGUCUGAGGUGGCCGUUUCGGAGCUGCCCGGUAACCCGAGCGCUGUCUGGAGCGUCAAGCGCCACGUCGACGAUGAGAGCGACACGUAUCUUGUGCUGUCGUUUGUGGACAAGACACUAGUGCUUGGGAUUGGGGAAACGGUUGAGGAAGUGAAGGACAGCGGGUUCCUUGAAGAAGUGCCCACGCUCUCCGCCUCGCGCAUUGGCGACGACUCCUUGCUCCAGGUGUACCCUGGCGGUAUCCGGCACAUCCGGUUUGACCAGCGGGUGAAGGAGUGGAAGGCGCCCGGCAGCACUGCCAUCACCAACUGCGCCGUCAACGAGCGGCAGGUUGUCAUCACCCUCUCCAGCAACGAGCUUGUCUACUUUGAGCUUGACCGCGCUGGCCAGCUCAACGAGUACACGGAGCGCAUUGAGAUGACAAGCAAGGUCACUGCCAUGGCGCUUGCUCCUGUUGCCGAGGACGCGUUUACGUCGCAGUUUCUUGCGCUUGGCCUUGAGGACAACACGGUGCGCGUGCUGUCGCUGGACCCGUCGUCCUGUCUGCAGCCGCUCAGGAUGCAGGCCCUCCCCGGCGCCCCAUCCUCCCUCUGCAUCAUCGAGAUUGCGGGCCAAGCUGGCGAGCCCGGGACGCUGCAGCUGCACAUUGGUCUUGCAAACGGCGUUGUCUCCCGCAGCACCAUGGACAAAGUCACAGGCGACUUGUCUGACUCGCGCACGCGGUAUCUGGGUGUGCGUGAGGUUCGCCUGUUCCCCGUCCGUGCGCACGGCCACCCUGCCGUCCUAGCGCUCUCCACGCGCCCCUGGAUCGCCUUUACAUACCAGGGCCAACCGCGCAUGGCGCCGCUGUCAUACGAAGCGCUCGAGUACGCGCACAUGUUCUGCUCGGAGCAGUUGCCAGAGGGCAUUGUUGCCGUGGCAAAGAACACUCUGCGCAUCCUGUCGCUGCAGAACCUCGGCUCCAUCUUCAAUCAGUCUACCAUCCCGCUCGCAUACACCCCGCGCAAAUUCUUCCUCGACGAGAAGACUGCGAUUGCGGUGAUCAUUGAGGGCGAUCAGGCCACGCUCACGGCGCAGGAGAAGAAGGCCCGCCUCAGCGGCGCGGCGAAGAAGGAGGAGGGCGAUGAUGACAUGAUGGUGGACGACGACGAUGACAUGAUGGUUGAUGAUGACGACGAGGCUUCAAAGCCCAACGGCGACGCCGCACCAAGCAAGCCGCCGCUUGACGUGCAGCAGUUUGGGGAGCCGCGCGUCGAGGAUGGUCGGUGGGCGAGCCAGAUCAGGGUCGUCGACGCAAAGGAGGGCAAGACCUUGCAGACUGUGCAGCUCGCACAGGACGAAAUGCUCACCAGCAUAUGCAAGAUGCAGUUUACUGUUUCGCAGGGGUUCACGCACGUGAUUGUUGGCGGCGUGCGUGGCUGGGAUGCGAAGAAGAACACGUUUGCGUCUGCGUUUAUCGACACGUACCUCUUCUCUGCGCCCGACGGCUCGGCGCGCCUCACAAAACUCGACUUUGUGCACCGCACGGAGGUCGAGGCGAUGCCGUGUGCGCUGACGCCGUUUGCGGGGCGUCUCAUUGCCGGCGUCGGAAACAUUGUCCGCAUCUACGACAUGGGCCGCAAAAAGCUCUUGCGCAAGUGCGAGAACAAGCACCUGCCAAGCCGCGUUGUGGACAUUGAGGUGAUGGGCACGCGCGUCGUUGUAGCCGACCAGCGCGAAUCCGUCUUCUUCCUCAAAUACAAGCCUACAGAAAACGUGCUGAGCGUGUUUUGCGACGACACGACGCCCCGCUGGUGCACUGCGAUGCUCAUGGUCGACUACUCGACUGUCUGCGUUGCAGACAAGUUUGGCAACGUCUCCGUGCUGCGCUGUCCGGACGAUGUGACGGACACGCUGCAGGAGGACCCGAGCGGCGCAAAGGCGUUUUGGGCCCGCGGAUAUCUCAACGGCGCCCCGCAGAAGCUGGUGCAAGUUGCCAACUUCUACAUUGGAGAGAUUGUGCAGAGUCUGCACAAGACGACGCUGACGCCGAGCGGAACAGAGUGCAUUGCCUACACCACCCUCUCCGGCAGCAUUGGUGCACUCAUGCCCUUCUCGCACAAGGAGGAUGCUGAGUUUUUCCAGACGCUUGAGCUUCAUCUUCGCCAGGAGCACCCGCCCAUCUGCGGCCGCGAUCACCUCGCCUUCCGCUCAGCUUACGUCCCGUGCAAGUCUGUGAUUGACGGGGACCUGUGCGAGGAGUACAACAUGCUCUCUGCGUCGCUCAAGUCUGACAUUGCCGAUGGGCUCGAGCGCACGCCGCAGGAGGUGGCGAAGAAGCUUGAGGAGUUCCGCACGCGCUACGCUUUCUAGGCACGCCGGGUGAUUGUGCGAUUGUGUGCAUGUGUGGUUCUGUUGCGUGACUGUGUGAUUGUGUGGUUGUGGUUCUGUUUUGGGUGCUGGCAUGCGUUUGUGUUCGCAUUGGUGCGGUUCUUGCUUGGUCUCUACUACUUGGCAUGUUUACGGGCGGUGUGUGUGUGUGUGUGUGAUGGUCAGCAAGAACAAAUAAAGGUGUCGUUGUGUA